AUGUCUUCGCCUCCCGCUCUCGACUUUCCUUCCUCAGAUAUGGACGACGUAGACAUGGCUGACGGUACUGCGAACCAGGGCACCACUCAGCAAACUUUCCCAAAUGCACCCCCACCUGCGGAGCCUCUUUUUCUCGCUGGAACGCCGUCUGUAGGCGGAACACCAGCCAGUCAACGGUACGCGAAUCCCGCCACCUCUCCUUUACGUGGGGCAACAGCGAGAAGAGCAGUUGGCUUGAGCACUCCGAAACGUACUCCGCUCUUUCUUGGCGGAGAAAGCUCUUCGCCAAUGGCAUUUCCUUCAUCAUCACCAGGAAAGACUCCUACUAGGCGCCGUAUGCCAUCAUCCGAACGCCCGCAGGACUCAGAUCCGCUUCAUUUUCCAUCAACUCCUGCUGCUAACAACACGCCCAAAAACCGUAGAGGAGAUAUCCAUUCAUCACUUUCUAUCACCCCUAGUGCUCCAGCUCGUCGUUCUGCCCCCCGAGAUCCCACCAACCUCAAUUCAGAUAGCACCCAUCUUGGCAUCCCUGGCUCAUCUGCACCCAAUCUUUCAGUUCAGGCGCCCAUGACCGAUGAGCCUGACGAGAUUCGUGCCAUUUGGGGAACGACCGUUAAUUUGGCUGAAACUAUGAAGGCCUUCCGCGAUUUCUUCAAAGGCUUCAAACCAAAGUACCGCAUCUCUCACGACAGAGACCUCGGACUCAAAACUCGCGUCCUCAGUACACCUGCAGAAGGCGAAGUAAUCCUCUAUGAGACGUAUUUCAGACGAAUGCGUCAGACGGGGGAAACGAAUCUCAAUCUCGAUGUCAACAAUCUUCUCGCGUAUCCUCCUUCGAAAAAGCUUCAUACACAGCUCUCCAAAUACCCUCAAGAAGUUAUACCCGCUAUGGAUCAAGUUUUAAAGGAUAUGAUGAUUGAAGUCGCAGAAUUAGACCAACAAAACGGUGUGGAAGGCAUGCAGAGCUUGGAAGGCGAGCAGGAGAUCAGCGAUAUCAUGGGGAGGAUCUAUAAAGUUCGACCAUUUGGGAUCCCCUCCGCCAACAUGCGCAACUUGAAUCCCACUGACACCGACAAACUUGUGUGUAUCAAAGGCCUUGUCAUUCGCGCUACUCCUGUCAUCCCCGAUAUGAAAGUCGCCUUUUUCCGCUGUUUAACAUGCUCGCAUACUGUUCAAGUCGAGAUUGACCGUGGCAAGAUCGAAGAGCCGCGACAAUGCCCUCGCGAUGUCUGCGCCUCAGUCGGCACAAUGUCUCUUCUUCACAACCGAUGCGAAUUUGCAGACAGACAGGUCAUCCGCCUCCAAGAAACCCCCGAUGCUGUACCUGACGGCCAGACUCCGCAUACAGUUUCCCUUAGCGUGUACGAUGAGCUCGUUGAUGUUGCCAAACCAGGAGACAGGGUUGUCGUAACUGGCAUUUACAGGAGUGUCCCCGUACGCUCUAACCCAAGACAAAGGACCCUCAAGAGUUUAUUCAAGACCUAUCUUGAUGUGGUACAUGUCAAACUUGGUUCUGGUGGAACCCUUGGGCUCGACAAAAGCACGCGUCCAGCUGGUGGUGAUGGUGUUCCAGGGGUUGGAGGUCUAGGCGACGGCGGCGAUGAAGACGAAGAGAGGGAAGGCCGACAGAGCCGGAAGGCUGAGCUUGAGGAAAAAAUCAGACAACUCAGCCAGCGGCCAGACAUCUAUGACUAUCUUGCGCGCUCUCUCGCCCCGUCUAUCUGGGCUAUGGACGACGUCAAGAAGGGUAUUCUCCUACAACUUUUCGGUGGAACGAACAAGAGCGUAGCGAAGGGCGGAGGACAAGGUGGUCCGAGAUACAGGGGUGAUAUCAAUGUUCUUCUCGUUGGUGAUCCUGGUGUUAGUAAAUCUCAGAUUUUACAUUACGUGCAUAAAAUUGCACCCCGAGGUGUUUAUGCUUCAGGCAAGGGCUCGUCCGCAGUUGGUCUAACAGCGUACGUUACGCGUGAUCCUGAAACGAAACAACUCGUCCUCGAGAGUGGCGCUCUGGUUCUCAGUGAUGGUGGUGUUUGCUGUAUCGAUGAGUUUGACAAGAUGUCGGAUGCCACAAGAAGUGUCCUCCACGAAGUCAUGGAACAACAAACUGUGUCCAUCGCCAAAGCCGGGAUCAUAACAACACUCAAUGCUCGUACCUCAAUCCUGGCAGCAGCUAACCCUGUUGGAUCGAAAUACGAUGUCAAUCUGCCUAUCACACGAAACAUCGAUCUACCCCCGACAUUGAUCUCUCGGUUCGACCUUCUGUAUUUGGUCCUAGAUCAAGUCGACGACGCCCUUGACCGACGACUUGCCCAACACUUGGUCGGAUUGUACCUUGAGGAUGCUCCUGCUCAGGAGUCAAACGAAAGUUUGCCUUUACAAGAGCUCUCAGCAUACAUAGAUUAUGCCCGCUCAAGAGUCCAUCCUGUGAUUACAGAAGAGGCGGGAAGCGAACUCGUGCGCUCGUACGUCGACAUGCGCAACAUGGGCGACGACCCCCGAGCGAGCGAGAAGCGCAUCACCGCAACGACCCGUCAGCUGGAGAGUUUGAUUCGGCUGUCCGAGGCACACGCCCGUAUGCGCCUUUCGGAGUUCGUCGAGCUGUCGGACGUGAAGGAGGCGAGCAGGCUUAUGCGCGAGGCUAUCAGAACAAGUGCGAUGGAUCCAAGAACUGGCAAGAUCGAUAUGGGUCUGCUUAACACUGGUACCGGCACCGGUCAGCGGAAGAUGCGUGAGGAUAUGAGGAAGGGCAUCUUGAAUGUCCUUGAAGGCGCUGCGAAGGGCAGGGGCAUUAAGUGGGUGGAUGCUGUCAAGCUUUUGGGUGACCAGAGCAGUGUAAAGAUCGACCCUGUCGAAUUCUCCGAGGUCAUCAAGGGACUUGAAAAUGAAGGUGUUAUCAAAGUUGUCGGAGAAAGAGAGAAGCGGAUGAUCAGGAAGAUCCAGGAAUAA